AUGAAAAAAAUUAUUCUUUCAAGUUCAAACAAUAUUCUGAAACUAUCCUUUCAGAUGACAACAGCAGCCACCCUUUCUUGCAACCCAUCAAAGAAAUUUUUGAGGAUAAAUCAUCCUAAACAAAGAUACUCUAGUUUGUCUGCUUCAAGAUCAUUCACUUGUGGAUUUGUUCCUUUCAAACUUUGGGUGGCAAGUGCAAUGGAUGGAUUCAAAAGAACUCUUGACAGAAAUGGAAAGAGUGAUGAACAAGAAGCUUUUGCUGAUAGAUCAUCUGAGUAUCAGCCAAGGUUUUUGUUCCAUGAAAUCGAAUCAACUCUAAACCAAUUGAGCAAGUGGAUAGUAACUUUCUUCUUUGGUGUUUUCAUUAUUUGGAGGCAUGAUGCAGAAGUUUUAUGGUUUACAGCAGGGUCCAUUUUAAAUGUUAUGCUUUCUAUUUUACUCAAACAAAUGCUGAAUCAGAAAAGACCUUCAACCCUAAAAUCUGACCCUGGAAUGCCAUCCUCACAUGCUCAAUCCAUCUUCUUUACUUUCAUGUAUAUUAUCUUGUCAAGUGUUAGAGUGUCAAGAAUAGAUGAACUCACCAGUAUCAGCUGUGGCCUGGCUUUCGCAAUUAGUUCUUAUUUUUCAUACCUGCGGGUGUCACAAAAAUUUCAUACAGUGGACCAAGUGGUUGUUGGAGCUGUUAUAGGGUCCGUUUGCUCUGUCUUGUGGUAUUGGCUAUGGAAUGAUUUUAUGUUAGAUGCUUUUGUAUCCUCUUUGUGGGUCAGAAUCCUUGUUGUUUUGGGGACUGCAGGAAUUUUCUUAUGCUUUCUUUUACGUGUAAUUCUCCGGUGGCUAUAA